AUGGUACACGAGCUCGACGUUCUCAAGGCCUUUGUGAUGGAUGGCACGAGCUACAAAGUGGACAUCUUGUGGGACGGCAUGCGACCUAUGUUCAAGGCAAAUGACAUUGGCACAGUGCUAGGCAUGACCAACUUCCAUGCUACCUUGAAGAGCUACGAUGAAGAUGAAAUGGUACUAAACAUAGUUAGGGACCAGCGAGGAAGCAUGCAAGAGACAACCUACCUGACGGAGCGUGGGUUGUACCGCCUGCUCAUGCAGUCCCGCAAGCCAGCGGCAAGACCGUUCCAGAAGUGGGUGGUACAGGUGAUCGAGACGAUCCGUCAGAAAGGCCACUAUGACCUAGAGGCUGCAGUGUACGAGGCCAAGGAAGCUACACGCCUUGCAGAAGCAGCAGCAGCACAGAAGAUUGAAGAGCUUCUUGUUGAGCAGGCAAAGAUCUCAAAGGCAGCAACGGAUGCUGCUCGACAUACCACCCUCAUCAAUGCUUUCAAGAAGGGGGACUGCCUUGUGUACUUUGGCAAGAUACGGGACGAGCCGGACUCCAAGUCUUUGAUAAAGAUUGGAAGUACAAAGGACCUCAAGGAUCGUACAGUAGGCUUGGAGAAGGAGUUUGGCUCAAUGCAGAUCUUUGAAGUCUUCCAGAUCGCCAAACGGCAUCAGACAGCUUAUAACGAUCGUGCGACGACCAAGCAGCUCGUGGAGCUUGAGCUUCUACGCUACAAGAACAGCCUACUGCAAAGCAACCUCACUGGCACAGAAGUCAAGGAACCCAUUCCAUAUUACACUCCGCCAGAUGAUCGUCGUUAUACACAGAGACGUGGCGACAAGAUCCAGAGAUACUCAAGUGAUGGCAAGCAGCUUCUUGCAACCUAUCCAGGGUGCGCUGAAGCAGCAAGGCAGGCUGAGGGGGCUGCUCCUGCAGGCAACUUGAUCAGGAUUGCCAUUAACAAGCGGACAGUCUACAAGGGUUUCCGCUGGGCAAAGCUGGACAGGACUUUGCCUGAUGACACCGUGCAAGACAUUGGCGAGACAGUGAUAAGCAGAACUAGUAAGAAGGGUUUCCUUGCCAUGAUUGCACUUGACAGAAGCCAUAUUGUCAAGGUUUUUGCGGACAUGAAGGAGGCUGCAGAGGACAGACAGUUUAGUGGAAUGGCUGCAAUCAGCACAGCAAUCAAGAAAGGGACCAAGUCUGGAGGCCACUAUUUCUGUCCUUGGUACGAGUGUGGUGAACAACUGAGGAGCGAGUACUUAUCUCGCUGCACCUUGCCAGAAGAACGGGUGCGCUCUAAUGGAAUGAUGAUCGAGCAGAUUCAUGCACUAACAAACGAUGUCCUGAAGCGCUUUGCAUCCAUCCAAAGCGUUCAGACGACAAUGCGAAUAGCACGAGCUUCACUGAAACGGGCUUUGGAGGAAGGCUCAAUUCUCAAAGGCUACAAGUGGCGGCAAGUGGUCGUGCAAGCACCGGAGGAUGGAGACGAGGAAGAGAAGGCUCAAUUUGACUGA